AGCCCGGGUCGGGCUGGGCCGGGCGGCUGCGGGGCUCUCGCGGCGGCAGCCCCGGGCCGGCUCCAUUUUGUCCCGGGAACCGGCGGGCGGGGAACGCUGCGCCCCGGAGCCGCCGCUUUGUCUCCCGCAUCCCGGCGGCGGCGGGCGUUAGGCUCGGGCGGCGGGGGGAUGCGCUCCGCGGGGCCGCCCGGGCACCUGCGAGCCGAGGCGGCGGGUCCCCGCGAGGAACUAGCGGCCUGGCGGGCCCCCGGCCCGCUCCGCGCCUACAGCAUGCAGCCAUCUGGCGGCUGGCUCGCCCAGGACUUGCCCCGAAGGUUAAAAUUGAACAAGGAUCCACCUUUUUGACAGGUGUUUGAGAACACCACUGGUACACAAUUCUGACAGUAUUUCAUGACAAUGGAUGGCGACAGCUCUACCACAGAUGCUUCUCAACUAGGGAUUUCUGCAGACUACAUUGGAGGAAGUCAUUAUGUGAUCCAGCCCCACGAUGAUACUGAGGACAGCAUGAAUGAUCAUGAAGAUACAAAUGGUUCAAAAGAAAGUUUCAGAGAACAAGAUAUUUAUCUUCCAAUUGCAAAUGUGGCUAGGAUAAUGAAAAAUGCCAUACCUCAAACAGGAAAGAUCGCAAAAGAUGCCAAAGAAUGUGUUCAGGAAUGUGUGAGUGAAUUUAUAAGCUUCAUAACGUCUGAAGCAAGCGAAAGGUGUCAUCAGGAGAAGCGGAAGACAAUCAAUGGGGAGGAUAUUCUGUUUGCUAUGUCUACUCUAGGCUUUGACAGCUACGUGGAGCCUCUGAAACUGUACCUUCAGAAGUUUAGAGAGGCCAUGAAAGGAGAGAAGGGCAUCGGUGGAGCAGUCUCCGCUACGGACGGCCUGAGCGAGGAGCUCACGGAAGAAGCGUUCACUAACCAGUUACCAGCUGGCUUAAUAACUGCAGAUGGUCAACAACAGAAUGUUAUGGUUUACACAACAUCUUAUCAACAGAUUUCUGGUGUCCAGCAAAUUCAGUUUUCAUGAUUGGAAGAAAGGAUGGAUCCGGGCUUGUGUGGA